CCUUUCUGACCUCCCAGGAAAAUUAAGGCGUGAGGAGUAGCUUAGAGAAUUGGAGAACUUUGUUUUGUGGUUGUUAUUGUUUUUAUUUUUGUUUUUUUUUUUUAAGGGGAUGAGGGCAGUACGGGAUCAGAGGCAGAAAAGGACAUGUCUAACGUCGAUUCCCAGUCCCCCUAUCCCUUCCUUUACAGUUUUCCAUAUUUAGGAGACUGCAGAAAGGUGGGGCAGACAGAAUGGAUAUGGCAAAGAUCUCUUUGGGUAUAUGUGGACCUGGAGAAGUAAUGGGAUAAUUUCUAAUUUUUGGAGAAGCUCUAGCCCUCAUGCCGGGAUGGCCGAAGAUGAACCCGAUGCUAAGAGCCCAAAGACUGGGAGAAGGGCCCCCUCAGGUAGUGCUGAGGCAGGAGAACCCACCACCCUUCUUCAGAGGCUCCGAGGUACCAUUUCCAAGGCUGUGCAGAACAAAGUCGAGGGAAUCCUGCAAGAUGUACAGAAAUUCUCAGACAACGACAAGCUGUAUCUCUACCUUCAGCUUCCCUCAGGGCCCAGUACUGGAGACAAAAGCUCAGAGCCAAGUACACUCAGCAAUGAGGAGUACAUGUAUGCCUAUAGGUGGAUACGUAACCACCUAGAAGAGCAUACUGACACCUGUUUGCCAAAGCAAAGUGUUUAUGAUGCCUAUCGGAAGUACUGUGAGAGCCUCGCCUGUUGCCGCCCACUCAGCACAGCCAACUUUGGCAAAAUCAUCAGAGAGAUCUUCCCUGACAUCAAGGCCCGAAGGCUUGGUGGCCGGGGCCAGUCCAAAUAUUGCUACAGUGGCAUACGAAGGAAGACCUUGGUAUCUAUGCCCCCCUUGCCUGGACUUGACCUGAAGGGCUCGGACAGUCCAGAAAUGGGUCCAGAAGUAACCCCAGCACCUCGGGAUGAGCUGGUGGAGGCAGCCUGUGCUCUGACCUGCGACUGGGCAGAACGAAUCCUGAAACGGUCCUUCAGUUCCAUUGUUGAGGUCGCCCGCUUCCUGCUGCAGCAGCAUCUCAUCUCUGCCCGAUCUGCACAUGCCCACGUGCUCAAGGCGAUGGGGCUUGCUGAAGACGAUGAACAUGCCCCUCGGGAGCGGUCAUCUAAAUCCAAGAAUGGUGUAGAGAGCCUAGAAGGUGGAGCCCAUAAGAAACCAGAGAGACCAGCCCAGCCUCCUAAGGAGCUGGAACCCCGGGCUGGAGGUGGCCCCCCUGCACGUGGCGAGCGGAAGAAGAGUGUAGUGGAGAGCCCAGCCCCAGCAGCCAAUAACCCACAGGUUAAUGCCCUGGUGGCCCGGCUGCCUCUGCUCCUUCCCCGGGCCCCUCGCUCACUUAUUCAGCCAAUCCGAGUCUCUCCACCCAUCCUGGCCCCCAAGCUUUCUUCAGGCCUGAAAGUGGCUACACUGCCUCUGCCCAGUAGGGCGGGGGGACCCCAGGCAGCUAUGCCCAUCAUUAACAUGAUCUUACCAACCGUUCCUGCUUUGCCUGGACCCGGACCCGGGCCUGGGCAAGCCCUGCCUGGGGCGCUCACUCAGCCGCAGGGCACAGAGAACAGGGAAGUAGGCAUAGGUGGUGACCUGGGACCCCAUGACAAGGGUGUCAAGAGGACAGCUGAAGUACCUGUGAGUGAGGCCAUUGGGCAGGAUCCACCUGCUAAAGCAGCAAAGCAGGAUAUAGAGGAUACAGGAAGUGAUGCCAAAAGAAAACGGGGGCGCCCUCGAAAAAAAUCAGGUGGAAGUAAGGAAAGGAACUGUCCCCCUGACAAGUCAGCACCUGCCAUGGACUCUGCCCAGUCCCCAAGGUUACCACAGGAGACGUGGGCCUCUGGAGGGGAAAGCAACUCAGCUGGAGGGUCAGGGAAGCCAGGACCAGUGGGAGAGGCUGAGAAGGGGAUGGUGCUUGCCCAGGGUCAGGAAGAUGGUGCUGUUUCCAGAGGAGGAAGGGGCCCCAGUUCCCGGCAUGCCAAAGAAGCAGAAGCUAAAAUUCCUCUGGUCACCUCAAAAGUGAGUGUCAUCAAGGGCAGUAGAAGUCAAAAGGAAGCUCUUCAUUUGGUAAAGGGAGAGGUAGACACUGCAGCGCAGGGUAAUAAAGACUUAAAGGGGCAUGUGCUUCAAAAUUCCUUAUUCCACAAGGGGAAAGACCCCAAAGCAACACCCCCAUGAUAGGUAUGUGGGGAAGAGUGUUUAUAUCCACAUUAACUCUACCUGCCUAGUAGAGGUCCCUCUGCACUUGCUUCUCAUUUGGCUUUUCUUUUCCCAAGGGAAUUCAUUCACCUGUACAGACAGCUGAGGCACCCUGUCUUACACAGUGUCCGGCUCCUGCCUCUGACCUUUCCAGCUCAGUACCCUUGGCUUUAGCGUCAUUGAUAAAUCUGUCGUGACUGUCUUACCUGGAUCUCUGUGCUAUCCUGCAGGAAGAUAGGGAUGGAGUAAGUAUGGUGAAUGUAUAGGCUAGGAAUCUUUUGGUUUUAAAUAGUAAAAAAAACUAACUCAAACUGGCUUAAAAAUAAAGACUGACUGGCUCACAUAACCGGAAAGUCCAGAGGUAGUACUGGCUCCAGGAAAAGCUGAUGCGGUUGCUCAGUGUGUCUCUAAAUACCUGAUUGAUUUCCCCCUGCUGCUACCUUCUGUAGGAUCAUCUUAAACCCGGGCCACCUAGUGGCUGCCAGCACUCCUGGGAGUAGACGUUUUCUCGUUUACACCCAACCAGAAGGGGUGGGGGGCAUCUUUGUGCCAGGCAUCCUAGCAAAGCCUUAAGAUGGACUCUGAUUAGGCCAGCCUGGGUCACAUGCCGAUCCCUAACCAAUCACUGUGCCAGAAGGAUGGUGUAUGCUAAUUCACUCUUUCUACAUCAGGGAAAGGUUGGAUCACAUAGGUCUCCAAAUGGGAACUGACGCGGGCAGUUCCUGGGGAGGCAGCUGACACCUGGCCAAUACCAGGAAGUACAUGUGGUUUUAGCUUGCUAGGUUGGGAUCAACUACACCUGUUUCCUUUUUCCCUGACCGUCUUGCAUUUUCCUUACUGCAGCUGUAGCCUCUUUCCUCUUGUAGGCGCAGAAGGAAUGAGAGGGAAGUCACUCUCCUUUAGGGACUAUCUCUUUAGUCUCAUUUAGAUGACAGUCCCAUUUCAGAGAUGGAGAUCCUUCCCUUUCCUGUUUCGGAAUGUUGGUUUUCUCAUUCUGCUUCCCUAUCCCCGACCCUACUGCCACUUUCACUAAGUGGAGUGAAAGAUUUACUUCCUAGUCAUUUUAUUAAAUCCAUUCUGUAUCCACCAGGUGUCAGUCUCUUGUCAUACAUGUGUCAGGAUUUCAGCCAGGAUUGUGGGGUUGUGUGGCAGGAGGUAGCUCUGCACAUCCGCAAGCACCAGUAAGAAGGGAACCCAGAUGUUACCCUUUGAAAAGCAGUAAACCAACCAGUAUUUACUGAGGACAUACGUCAUUUUCUGCAUAAGGGUAGCUUCUGUCAGGGAAUCUUGGUUCUGCACAGGAAACAGAUUUUCUUUCAGGGAGACUUCACUCAUUUGUUUCCACCACAGCAGAUUUUUAAAAAUUAUAAUAUGUAAUAUUUGGUAUCUAUAAAGAAUAUACUUAACAUGAAUAAAUUAUGAAACAUAAUAUUAAAUGAAUACCUUUGACCCAUCGCCCAACUUAUACAUUAAAACAUUAGAAAUACCAUUGAGUUUUUUGUGUUCCUACCCAGUCCUAUCCCACUGCCUCUCCCUAGAGGUAACCACUGUCCUUAAUUUUAUGUUUAUUAAUUGCCUGCCACACACACACACACACACACACAUGUGUAUAUAUUUAACCAUAUGUGUACAAUAUUCUUUAAAAAUUAUUGUUCAGUUUUGCUUUUUUUAUCUUUACAAAAUUUUUAUGCUCUAAUAGUCCCCUGAAGUUUGCUUUGUUUCACUUAACAUUUCUAAGAUUCAUCUAUGUUGUAAGUAGCUGUAAUUCGUUCAUUUUCACCUGUGUAAUAUUCCAUCAAGUACAUAAUCCACAAGUUAUUUAUGCAUUCACCUAUUAAUGGACAUUUGGGUUGUUUCUAAUUUUUUGCUAUUACAAACAAUGCUGCUAUGAACAUUCUUGUACCUGUGUGCCUUUUUGAAGUAAGAUUUCUAAAAAGGUUUCUAAGAUGGUUCAUUUGGUCUGUACACCCUCUUAUUCUUUGGAAGAGUUGACAUCAGAUUGAAAUGAGCUGUCCCUUGACACUUUGGUAAAACUCAGCUGUCGAACCA